CUUUUGCUCUCGUCAAUCUACACAUUGCGCGUCAGCCUACAGCCCACAGCAGCGCGCUCCCCAGCAUGCGGCGACAUUGGGCAGAUCGCUGGCAACCGCGCCACAGCGGCGGCCCACACCUCGGCGUCGUCCUCAUGGUGGCGCUCGCACUGGCCUUCCUCCCCCUCGCGCUAGGCGCCGCCGACAAGUGCGUGCGCAAGGCCGACGCGCCAGACAUCAACCGCAUGUUCACGGACGGCGGGCCGGGCACCAAGGUGUGGCUGUGCCCUGGGGUCACGUACCGCAUCACGUCGACAAUCACAUUUACGGCCGCAGACCAGCAACUCGCGACGCUGGGGUACAAGUCUGGCUCUGAGCGCGCCGUGCUCAAGAUUGACAACCCGGCGCUCGCGACUGCUAUCCAGGGCGACUGUCGGCGCUGUGCGCGCGUCUCGAUCCGCAACGUCGUCGUUGACGGCAGCCGGGCGACCUUUGGCCGUGUACGCGGCGCCGUCGCGCCAGGCCUGAUCGUGCUCGGAGGGAACGAGGGGCACAGCGUGCGUGAGAGCUGGAUCACGGACCCGCGCGGCUUCACCGGUAUCCAUGUUCGUGAGGGCGACAAGCUGUCCUGCAAGGGCGCAGUGAUCGAGCGUAACGAGAUCGGGCCCGUGGGCGAGGAGUACGACCCGGCCGUCGACGGCCCCGACCCCGAGAUGAGCCCCCUUGGACGGCCACUCGCCGACGGCAUCAGCAUUGCGUGCCGCGAUAGCGUGGUGCGCGAUAACAAGAUCUGGGACUGCACCGACGCUGGUAUUGUCGUGUACUGCUCCCCCGGGACGCAGGUGGCGGCCAACCGGAUCAUGACGCUGCGGCGCAGCGCGAUGGGUGGCAUCCUCAUGGUGGACGCGACGCCCUUUGACGGCGACUACACGGGCGUGGUGGUCAAGGACAAUAUCCUCGACGCUGCGAGCCGGGCGAUGCGCGUCGGCAUUGGAGUCGGCUUGAGUAUCCUCUCGGACGACAUUGACACCAUCCUCCGCGGCGGCAGCGUCAUCUCCAACGUGCUCAAGGGCAUGUACAUGGGCUUUGGUAUCGCUGCCGCCGGCCUCAAGGGGUGGGUGAUUAGAGAUAAUCACUCGGACGCACGGCACCAGGGCAAGCGCAGCGCGAGAUGCUUCGACGAGCCGGUCAACCCCGCGCCAACGCGCUUCCUGUAUCAUGCCGAGACGAUCACCGACUCGACAGUCCAGGACGGCUUCGUCGACUCGGACUUUGCCUACAUCGUGUGUAUCGACGGCCUCGAGGACGGCACUGAGGCACAUGCCGACCUGCCAGAGGAGGUGGUGGAGGCAGAAGAGCCCGUGCCCGAGCCCCAGUCCGAAGGCGCCCCCGACACGCUCAGCACGGGCAGUGACGUGCUCGACGGCAUCCUGCACCACUCGCAGGCGAGACUUCUCGAGGGCAUCGCCGACAUGGGCAAGUACAUUGACGCUGCUGUUCGCGCGGGGCAGCAGCCGCGCGCAGUGCCGAAGCAGGUCGAGGUCGACGCCGGGUUGUUUACCGACCUCUCACCGCUCGACGCGCACCUCGCCCAGAUCGAGGCCCACCAGACCGCCCUCCUCCUCUCGACGCACGCGCUCACCGGUGCGCUGCGCACGCUCACGCAUCUGUCCGACGAGACGGGCAAAUGGGAGGGCGACGUGCUCCGCCGCAUUCAGGACGAGCUGGCCCUCGUGGAGGACGCUGCCUCUGCGCGACCGGCUGACGGUGAGCCGGCGCCAGGUCGUCGGGCCAAGGCCAAGGCCGCGCGCGACGCAUCGCACGGACUCUUCAGCACCCUCUCGUCGUGGGGUUCCGUGCUCCUGCUAGGCGGCGUGACGGUCGCACUUGCCGGCUAUGGCUUAGUACGCUGGAAGAAGGGCGCGUCAACGUCACGCCACAACAAGUACGCAUAGGGAUAUAGAGACACGUUGGCACGGAAUACAUAGACUAGAC